AUGCGUGUUAUAGUUGUGGGUGCUGGCCUUGCAGGUCUGGCUAUCGCAAACGGGUUAAAAAAGAAUAACAUACCCUACGUAAUCGUCGACCGUGAGACUGCCCCACGAGACCGCAAUUGGGCCAUAACACUUGGCUGGGCGCUGCCUCUGUUUCAAAAGCUUCUACCCGAAGAUCUCUACAAUUCCCUGCACCAAUGCCAGCCAGACCCAACCCUGGACGCAAAGGUAGCAGGCGAAAAAGGUAUUCUUGUUCGUGAUGGAGCAACAGGAUUAGAGAUGAAUGUAGCUCGAUUCCCGGCUAUCCGACGAUUGAACAUCCAGAAGACAAAACGUCACUUAUCGACCGGCAUUGACGUGAAAUAUGGGAAGAGAUUAAUAGACAUCACCAUUAACGAGGGGAAAGAUGACGACGGCCUGGUAACGGCACACUUUGAUGACGGAACCUCCGAGACUGGGUCGUUGAUAGUCGGCGCUGAUGGUGGAGCGUCGCAAGUCCGUCGUUGGCUGUUGGGAGAUCUCGCGCAGCAAGAGGCUUUGCCCUGCGAUUUCAUGAACUUUUCAUUCACGCUUCCAGCUGAUAUAGCUGUCCACCUCGACAAGGAGAUGAACCCUACUGUAGAUGUGGGUGCGCAUCCUUCAAAUAUGUAUUUGGGAAUUUUCCUUUUGGAUAAACCGGAUAUAGACAAGCCGGAGACUUGGGUAUUCUAUAUUCUUGCUACAUGGCGUCUUGACGAUAAAAAUGAUCGUGGAUCUGGCAAGAGACUAGACGAGCUUCGCUCCCGCAUGACUGGCUGGUUUGAUCUUUACAAAACUGUUGUUGAAAAUGUCCCAGAUGACGUGGAAAUAAAGCCAGAUCAACUACGAAUAUGGAAAACGAAACCAUGGGACAAUCACCAGGCACGUGUCACGCUGGCAGGGGAUGCUGCACACAGUAUGACUUUCCAUCGUGGCCAAGGUGGAAAUCUUGCCAUAAAAGAUGCGGACGAGUUUGUGAGCAGUAUUACUGCCGUGAAAAGAGGCGAAAAGGACAUAGAAGACGCAGUCGACGCUUACGACAAUGGCGCUUUAUUACGAAGCGCGGAAGUCGAGAUUUCGAGACAAGCUAGCAUGGCAUUCCUCGACUAUGAAAAUUUCGAUAAAAGCCCUGUCUUCAAGAUGGGUAUUAGCCCUGCUAUGAAAUUUUAA